CCGUUACAUAAACCGUCCACGUAAUUCUCUCCCUCUAACCUUUAAAUAUACAUAGCAGCAGCAGCAGUACAGAAACAAUUCGCAGCGCUUAGCAAUUCAAACGAAAGGUGAACGGAUCAUGUCACGUUUAAUCCAAGCUCGAUUUUCUCUCUCCAGAUUCUCGAGUGUCGCCUCAUCCAGAAAUGUUCGGUUUUUGUCAUCGGAAUCCAAUAAAACAGAUGAGCCCUUUAAAGUUGAGAAAGCGACUGAGUCCAAUAAAAGAGAUGACUCCUUUAAAGUUGAGGAAGCAGAAACAGUAAAUAUGCCUCCACCCCCAACAGAGAAGUUACUUGUGCUUGGUGGAAAUGGAUUUGUCGGCUCACAUGUCUGCAAAGAAGCUCUGGAUCGUGGUCUUACAGUUGCUAGUCUUAGCAGAACAGGAAGGUCAUCCAUACAAGAUUCUUGGGCUAACAAUAUUAUUUGGCAUCAAGGAAACCUACUUUCAACUGAUUCAUGGAAGGAUGCACUCAAGGGAGUAACUUCUGUUGUAUGUACUGCCUUUAACCCUGGAUUUUACCAUAUUUGCUAUCUGGAAUCUUACUGUAGUUUAAAGCACACUGAAGCAGAAAUGCUACUACCUAUCUUUUGUUGUCUCUGUUUAACCCUGGAUUUUACCAUAUUUGCUAUCUGGAAUCUUACUGGAGUUUAAAGCACACUGAAGCAG